GCGUUUUGAAAUGCUAGUUAGGGAGGUGUUUUACUUGUAACUAAUUUCAAGUGUUUCCCAAGUUAGUUUUCUGAACCGAUCUUGUAACGCACUUUCUGCAGGAGCAGAUAUGGACGCGCGUCCCCAUCUGAACGAAAACAGCUACACAACAAUGAGCGAAGAAAAUAAUAACGAAACCCUCACCUACGCCAAAAAAAGAAAAUGCACAGCUUGCAUGGAGGAAGUCAACACAGAAAACUUCGUUUCCUGGGAGUUUAUGAACUUUUGCGGCGAAGUAUGCGUUUCGAAAUACCAAAAAACUUUACUUUGGCAGUGCACCAGUUGCAUCGCGAAAGUACAAGUAGACUCCUUCGGGAAAUACUAUCAGCGACUCAAGAACUGCUUCGUCGUGUUCUGCUCUCAAAAUUGCAUCGCCAAAUAUAGGACUACCGUGAACAUCUGCUCGUUCUGCGAAAACGUCAAACCGGCAAACUCUUCUACGGACUGGAUCAUCGCGAGGUUACAGUUCAACUUUCUGCUGAACGAUGUGAUUUUCUGCUCCAAAAUCUGCUACAAUAAGUUCAUGGAAAAGACAAAAUGCGCGACCUACAAUAUUCCCGCCAAUACUACUUGCACCGUCUGCAAAAGCGCCAAGCCUCUAACGAUACAGCUAGAGCAUAGGUCAGAGACACAGUACUUCUGCAGCAAGCAGUGUCUCUCGGCUUAUAGCUACGUGCAACUGCAAACUGGGGCCGAACAGUGCUCGAUGUGCAAGAAGUACUACCCCAGCAAGUUGCUAGAGGAACACAGGUUCAUAUUCGCCGGCGAAGAGAUUAGGCUCUGCUCGAACACCUGCAGGAACGUGUUCGUCUUCACCAAGAGAAAGUUGACUCCUUGCGCCUGGUGCCAAACUGUCAGUAUCGACACCGGGAUGGUCACGAGACACGCCCGCCAGUUACCGGACAUCCACUUCUGCUCCACGAACUGUCUCAAGAAGUACGAAGUACCGAAGCUGACGCUAUUAAAACAACGCAUCGUUACGCAGCGCAAUGUAGCCACUAUGUGCUAUGCAAAAAAAGAAAACAAAGGCGUCCAAGUAGCACCCCCGCUGCCCAAGAAGGUACAAAAGGGGGUGCAAACAGAAGUUAACAGAACUUUGCUCCCGGUUCCCGUUCCCAUUUACGUCCCGAUACCAAUGGCAAUGUACGCGCUCCCGGUUCCCUCUACUGUGCCCAUUCCGAUACCAAUCCCUGUUCCCGUAUUUAUACCUACUACUCGGAACUCGGCUAAAGGUAUGAUGAAGGAAAUACUGAAUGUAAAGAAUAAGGUGCCUUCCAAUCGACUGGAGGCCGAAUUGCUCGAUAUAGCUGCUUUGUUGUCAAAGAGCGGAGUUGAAAACGAUUCGGAGAGUGACAUCGAGUCACGUAGCGAAGCAGAGGACAUCGAAAGCGAGGAAAUAUGCGAGGGGGAUCUAGCGAGAAACUUCGACUUGGAAUGGGCUUUGCCAGAUACCUUCACGCAUUUCAAGUCCGAAGAAGCCCAUGGGUUGAAGAGACCCAACGAAACUGACUACGCGGGAGAUAAGAAAGGCAGGUUUGAGGAGCUCUGUCAGGUCGAGAAAGAGGCCCUAAGCAAAACAACCGACAUGCGCCUCGACUACGCCUUGGGCAUAAACGCUUGGAAGCAGUGGGUCUCGAAAACGCGCGUCUCUAAGAAUGCCAAAGCGUUCAAGUCGGAAAUCCUCUCCAUGUCACCCGAGGAGUUCAGCGACGCCCUCUGCCUAUUCAUCAAUGAACUGCGGAAGCCUAACGGGGACGAAUACGCCCCCGACACUAUUUAUUACUUGUGCUUGGGAAUCCAACACUAUUUGCAGGAAAACGGUAGAUCAGAUAACAUAUUUUAUAACGAUAUUUACGAGAGGUUCACCGAUUGCCUGAACGAACAGGCGAUGAAGUUUUGCGCACUGUACGACGACGAGUCUCACUUCAUCGUUACGCGCUUAGAGGAGGAACACCUCUGGGAAACGAAGCAGUUGGGAUGUCACUCUCCCUUCGUCUUGCUCAACACCUUGGUUUACUUCAAUACCAAGUAUUAUUUUCGGUCGACAGUGGAAGCUCAUAUGAAGCUCUCGUUUUGUAAUGUGAUGAAAAUCCAGCGGAAGAACUCCAAGUCUAUGGUCCUGAGACUUUAUCCUGAUCCUGUGUCGAGGAGGGGGAAUUGUGGAAGAAUAUUCGAGCAAAAAGAAUGCUCCGAAAACCCUUUGAGGUGCCCUGUGAAAUUGUACGAGUAUUACCUGUCUAAGUGUCCCGAAAGCGUCAAGCAUAAGUACGAUUUGAUGUAUCUGAUGCCGGAAAAACAUUGUACACCCGAUAGUCCAUUAUGGUACUCUACUCAGCCUUUAUCCAAAGAGCAGUUGUCCAAAUUUGUUAAUAGAGUCAAAAUGGUUAAGGAAAUUAAUAUCGCUUUACUUAGUAACUGAAUUGUGAUUUAACCGUUUUUGAUGAAUUUCAAAAAAGCCAAAGAGAAACCAAAUAAAAUUUCAAAAUCAAAAUUUCUCAUAAGUAUCGGUAUCACAUAUUACUUGCUCGCUCUCUGCCUUAUUUAAGAAUAAUUACCAUUAAAUGGUAUUCACUUUUAUUUGAAAUAUGUUAUUUUUGUUGUUCUUUAGAUUUGUAGAAAAAAAAUGUUUUCUUGUAGCAAUGUACUUAUUUUUCUAGUUUCAAUAAAUAUAUUCCGUUUCAUUUUCAGUUUCAA